AGCAUAGACCAUGGGCUCCUAGUGGUAGCGCUAUACAGAAACCAAGAGGGAGAGGAUAGGCUGUUCAACUGACUUGACUGUACAUUUACAGUGCUUAGGCACAGGCUAGGCACAUGAUCUUGGGGCGCGGGUUCUCAAUGAAAUGUAAACAUUUGCUUAUGGACUGAAGUACAUGGUAUUUUGGGGUUUGUUAAUACACAUUUAGACUUGGCUAUCUAUGUAUUGAUGAGGAACGGUGGAGAGACAUCGGCGAAGAUUUGUAAGGUGUCCGUCGGUGAGGAGCGUCUCAAGGAGCCGAAACCCAAGACGGCAACUACAUGAUUGGAGGCGUUUCUCUUGAACCCAGUAUAAAACAUUUAUACGUUAUUUUAGGUUGUAAUAUGAUAUUGUAUAGUUUCGUACUUAUUGGAAAAGUAUACAUGACCAUUGCAAGUUAACUCGUGGGACAAGCAUCUGGAAUUGCAGAUGAUCGCGAGUGACUGAUAUGGUUCUUACGGCUGUGGAUAUUAAUUUAUCCCGGGCUCGAACGAGCGGGCUACAAUGAGCCCUCUAAAUUCUUGGACAUCACAACUGGCUUUAGUCAGUAACUAGGACCUAUAUAAAACUCAAGCUAUUAAAAUAAGUCAAUUUGCUACUGUUUGGACAUAUUUUCCUCGCUAAAUCCAAGGAUUUGCGCGCAAGCCGUGGAUGUUUAAUAUGCAAGUAUGGGUCCGCUAGCGUUCAUCCUUGUUGGCGGAUUAUUGUACUUUCAAGUUGAUGGAUCCCGUCUGCGCCAGGAGGACUCCCCACCCCGGAUUGUGGAGCACCCCUCUGACCUGAUCGUGUCCAAGGGGGAGCCCGCCACCCUCAACUGCAAGGCGGAGGGGAGGCCCAGCCCCACGGUGGAGUGGUACAAGGACGGGGAGCGGGUAGAAACGGAUAAAGAUGACCCGCGAUCUCACCGCAUGCUGCUGCCCAGCGGCUCCCUCUUCUUCCUACGUAUCGUCCACGGACGACGCUCCAAACCGGAUGAGGGCUCCUACAUCUGCGUCGCCCGCAACUACAUGGGAGAAGCCGUCAGCCGCAAUGCAUCCCUGGAAGUAGCAUUGCUGCGUGAUGACUUCAGACAGAACCCUACAGAUGUGGUGGUGGCAGCGGGGGAGCCGGCCAUCCUGGAGUGUAUCCCCCCUAGAGGUCACCCUGAACCCACCAUCUACUGGAAGAAGGACAAAGUACGCAUUGAAGACAAGGAGGACAGGAUCACUAUCCGAGGAGGGAAGCUGAUGAUCUCCAACACCAGAAAGAGUGAUGCUGGCAUGUUCAUCUGUGUUGGCACGAACAUGGUGGGAGAGAGAGACAGUGAGACGGCCCAGCUGACUGUGUUUGAGCGUCCCACCUUCCUGCGUCGGCCCAUCAACCAGGUGGUUCUGGAGGAGGAGGUGGUAGAGUUCAGGUGCCAGGUGCAGGGAGACCCCCAGCCCAAUGUACGCUGGAGGAAGGAUGAUGUUGAUGUACCCCGUGGGAGGUACGAGAUUAAGUAUGACAAGGAGGACUACCUGCUGAGAGUGAAGAAGGCAUCGGCCAGUGAUGAGGGCACCUUCACCUGCCUGGCAGAGAACCGCGUGGGCAAGGUGGAGGCCUCUGCCAGCCUCACCGUCAGAGCUCGCCCUGUAGCUGCACCCCAGUUCGUCAUCAGGCCACGGGACCAGAUUGUGGCCCAGGGUCGCACCGCCACCUUCCCCUGUGAGACCAAGGGCAACCCCCAGCCUGCAGUCUUCUGGCAGAAGGAGGGCAGCCAGAACCUGCUGUUUCCCAACCAGCCCCAGCAGCCCAACAGUCGCUUCUGUGUGUCCUCCAGUGGAGACCUGACCAUCUCGGCCGUGCAGCGGGCAGACGCAGGCUACUACAUCUGCCAAGCCCUGACCGUGGCUGGCAGCAUCCUCGCCAAGGCCCAACUGGAGGUCACAGAUGUGCUGACAGACAGGCCGCCGCCCAUAAUCCGUCAGGGCCCGUCCAAUCAGACGCUGGGGGUGGAUAGCGUGGCCCUGCUGAAGUGCCAGGCGUCAGGAGACCCUAUCCCCUCCAUCAGCUGGCUGAAGGAUGGGGUCAGUCUGCUGGGGAAGGACCCCCGCAUGUCCCUGCAGGAGCUGGGCAGCCUCCAGAUCAGGAGCCUCAGGCUCUCUGACUCUGGGAUCUACACCUGUGUGGCUGCCAGCUCCAGUGGCGAGACAUCAUGGAGCGCCUUACUAGAGGUCAAAGACCAAGCUGGAGUGAUGGUCAUUAAGAACCGUGAUGACAACGAGCUCCCUGGCCCUCCCUCCAAACCCCAUGUCACUGACGUCACCAAGAACAGCGUCUCGUUGUCCUGGCAACCCGGCCUGGCUGGGGCCACGCCCAUCUCCUCUUUUGUCAUCGAAGCCUUCAGCCAGUCGGUGAGCAACAGUUGGCAGACGGUUGCGGACCAUGUGAAGACCACGCAGUACACGGUCAAAGGCCUGCGCCCCAACACCAUCUACCUGUUCAUGGUGCGGGCAGUCAACACCCAGGGCCUCAGUGACCCCAGCCCCAUGUCAGAGCCCGUCAGGACACAAGACAUCAGUCCUCCAGCCCAGGGGGUGGACCACAGACAUGUGCAGAAGGAGCUGGGGGAGGUCAUAGUUCGUCUUCACAACCCGGUCGUUCUGAGCCCCACCACCAUUCAGGUCACCUGGACGGUGGACCGUCAGUCCCAGUUCAUCCAGGGCUACAGAGUUCUGUAUAGGCAGAUGUCUGGCCUGUUUUCCCCAGGACCCUGGCAGACCCAGGAUGUGAAGAUCCCCUCAGAGCGCAGCGUGGUCCUCUCCAACCUCAAGAAAGGCAUCAUCUAUGAGAUCAAGAUCCGGCCCUACUUUAAUGAGUUCCAGGGCAUGGACAGUGAGUCCAGGUCGGCUCGCACCACAGAGGAAGCUCCCAGUGCCCCUCCCCUGCAGGUGACAGUCCUGACGGUGGGCAACCAGAACAGCACCUCCAUCAGCAUCUCCUGGGACCCCCCUCCUCCAGACCACCAGAACGGCAUCAUCCAGGAGUACAAGAUCUGGUGCCUAGGGAAUGAGACACGUUUCCACGUGAAUAAGACGGUGGAUGCAGCCAUCCGGUCGGUGGUUGUGGGGGGGCUUCAGGUGGGGGUGCUGUAUCGGGUGGAGGUGGCCGCCAGCACCAGUGCAGGGGUGGGGGUAAAGAGUGAACCUCAGCCAAUCGUCAUCGGUAAGGACUUCCGUGAAGUGAUCAUGAGUGGGAACAGGAACAACAGCAUCACGGAGCAGAUCACAGACGUGGUGAAGCAGCCGGCGUUCAUAGCAGGGAUCGGAGGGGCCUGCUGGGUCAUCCUCAUGGGCUUCAGUAUCUGGCUGUACUGGAGGAGGAAGAAGAGGAAGGGCCUCAGCAACUACGCAGUUCAGUCCUUCACCUUCACCCCUGCAGUGACGUUCCAGCGUGUUGACGGAGGUCUGAUGAGCAAUGGAAGCCGACCAGGCCUGCUGAAUGCUAGUGACCCAGGCUACCCGUGGCUGGCUGACUCCUGGCCUGCAACCAGCCUGCCUGUCAACGGUGGCUCUGGGGGACCCAAUGACCUUAGCAACUUUGGCCGAGGAGACACCAGUGGUAAUGGGGAUAAGACUGGCACCAUGCUCUCUGAUGGAGCCAUCUAUAGCAGUAUAGACUUCACCACCAAGGCUAACUACAACAGCCCCAGCCAGGGCUCCCAGGGAGCCACCCCCUACGCCACCACCCAGAUCCUCCACUCCAGUAGCAUCCAUGAGCUGGCUGUGGACCUCCCUGAGGCCCAGUGGAAGGCCUCCAUCCAGGCCAAACAGGAGAUGGCCAACCUGGGGUACUCCCUGCCCGACAAGAACUCCUGCAACAACACACUCCUUUUCAUUCCUGACUACCGAUUGGCCGAGGGAUUGUCUAAUAGAAUGCCACACAACCAAUCACAAGAUUUCAGCACCACCAGCUCUCACAACAGCUCAGACCGAAGCGGCAGCCUAUCAGGUGGUAAGGGGGGUAAGAAGAAGAAGGUCAAGGCUGGCGCCAAACCCACCAAGGUUAACGGCUCCAACUGGGCCAACGUGCCCCUGCCUCCUCCCCCUGUACACCCUCUUCCUGGCACCGAGCGGGACCACUACCCCAACGAGCACUAUGAAGGAGGAGGGUAUGAGAGUGAUGGCUGGGGUCCUCCCAUGCCCAUGCAGACCUACCUCCACCAGGGAAUGGAGGAUGAGCUAGAAGAGGAGGAAGAGAGGGUCCCCACCCCACCCAUGCGUGGUGUGGCCUCGUCCCCAGCAGCGGUGUCCUUCGGCCAGCAGUCCACGGCCACCCUCACCCCCUCUCCCCGGGAGGAGCUGCAGCCCAUGAUCCAGGCCCACCUGGACGAGAUCACCCGUGCCUACCAACUGGACAUGGCCAAACAGACAUGGCACAUGCAGGGUGCCUCCCUCCCCCCCCUCCCUCCCCAGGCCCCCGCCCCUCCAGUGGGGUACGUGUCCAGCACCCUGGUGUCUGACCUGGAGACUGACAUCCCUGACGAGGAUGAGGAGGAGGAGGAGGAGGAAGAGGAGGAGGAUGACGGCUAUGAGAUGUCCAGGCCUCUCUAUGGUAUUGAGCACACGCCAGGGUCGAGCAUGGACAACCUAGACAGCUCUGUAACAGGGUCCAUGGUUAACGGCUGGGGGUCAGCCUCAGAGGAUGAUGACCGUCACUACUCCAGCCACAGGUCCAGCGUGGGCAGCUCCUCUGACGGGUCCCUCUACACCCACUGUAGCUUCGCCCAGGCCCUGGUGGCAGCCGCUGACAAGGCAGGCUACCACCUGGAGGGCACCAGCCUGGCUAAGAGAGGUAAAGGGCUGUCCCACCGGCCCCGGCCCAGCAGUCCCUUCUCUACAGAUGGCAGCACGGUGGGCACACACAGCCUGGGCCACCAGAGGGCCGCCCGGCCUACCCGCAAGCCCCGGGGACAGGGCACGGCGCCCCACAGGAGAGACGCCAGUGCAGACGACCUACCUCCUCCCCCUGAUCCCCCGCCCAUCCAGGGACCAGGGCAUAUCCAGGGGGCCCGUAGUGUAGGCGGCAUGGGCCCCCCAGCAGAGAGAAAGGCCUCGUCCCUGGAGCGCCAGCCUAUGUGUGGUGCCAUGCCCCUGUCUGGGCUGGAGGAGAUGAAGAGCUCCAUGGACAGACAGACACGCACCCCUCUGGAGCACCACCGCCAGGCCCAGGACAGACUAGGAUCCAUGGACCGAGGAGACGACCCACGCAGGGGACACAAAACAGAAGAGGGGUGCCUGGCCCCCUACAGUAAACCCUCGUUCCCCUCCCCUGGGGCCCACAGCUCCUCUGGGACAGCGUCUUCCAAGGGCUCCACAGCGCCACGCAAGGGAGAGGGGCCUCGAGGGCCACACCAACGGACUGCCACAGACCACAGCGACUUCCUGGGGACCAACGGACAGGGACAGUACUCGGGCGAGUUAUAGUGCCCUGCCUGCAGAAGGAGCUAAACUGAACUGGAGAAAGCCUCGUCGUCCUCAUCAGAAUGAAGCCUCGCCCGUUGGUGCGAUGAACUUUGUCCUUCUUUGUGUAUUAUCAGAGGAGAGGAGCAGGAAGAUGACGAUGAUGACCACCAUAACAUAACUGUAAAUGUGAUGUAUAAACGGAGACAUACAUACUGUACAUCCCACUAUGUUGUUGUCCUCAGCAAAAUUAUUUCCCACCUUCCACCUUAAUUUGUUCAGUCAGAAAAGAGCAAGUAAACAAAAUAAUUAAAACCUCUUUAUGAGAAAACUAAUUUUCAAAGUAACCGUCCUUGGGGAAAAAAGGGAAUGUUGUUUCCUGUAAAUAGAUUAUUUCCAUUGUUGUUGCGUUGCUAUGCAAGCCUACUUCAGUUUAGCUUCUUAAUUCCAUACUGUUGGUUAUAUCUAGUCAUUUGUAUUAUGCGUGAAUUGAUAGGCUGGUAUGCCAUAAAAUAGUUGUUUUACGAUCCAUUAUUUGUUAAUACCUAUCAUUGAUUAAUUAUUAUAAUUAUUAUUAUUAUUAAUUAUUGUUUUUUUGCACUGCGAUUUUUGGUGAUAAGCACAAAAGCAUAGCUCCUGCUGACAUGAAGAACCGGACGAACAUGUGAAGAGGAGUUUCUGUAGAGAGAUGAGAAAAUAUAUACUAAUGUACAGAAAGAUAUUAAAGAGUAAGAGGUUGCUUAUGGACAGCAACUAAAUGGAUGCCCAUUCCCAAGUUAGGGCCAAUCAGAAAGCAGAUGGGGUUUGUUAGUGUCUUUGAGGUAGGGGGACAGAGAAGAGGCAGA